AUUUUCAAUUAAGCUAAUAAAAAAGGGGGGCUAAAAUUCGUGAUAUAACCCCUUUAAAAGAUUGUGGUAUUUACAAACAAUAAAAUGCAAAUAUUCUGCAUCAAGAAUGCGAUCGAAAUCUUUAACACAAAAGCGGCCAUCGGCUCAUUGCCUUAAUAAACUAUUCAUCUCUGAUAUAUGGAGUAUAACAUGUCAUAGAGUGAUAAGAACACAAAAAUAACCUUGAUAUUGAAUAACCAGCAAAUCGAAGGAUAUACAUAAUGGAUGACAACCGGUCAGAUGGCCGGUACAGCGGACAUGAAAUGAAAGUUUUCGAAGAAAUUAAGGCUGAAAAAAUUUCAAACGGUUCGGGAAAGUUGAAGGCGGCGCGCCACGCAGUCAUUGAAAAUAAACUCAAUCAAACAGCAUUAACGGAGCAAAAUAGUAGUGUACUGGAACGCAAUCGAGCUCUUUUACAGUACAUCGCAACGUUAGCCGAAUCCAACAGUAAAAACGAUGUUUUCAACUAUGAAUUUGUUGAAUCUGUUAUUAAAGGUGGCGCUGACAUAAACAUUACAGAUGAACAUGGUCAGUCCAUGUUUCACGAGGUCGCACGUUCAUGGAACGUUGAUGUCGCUAAAUUCAUUAUAUCUAUGGGGGGAGAGAUCAACAUAAAAGAUAGCUUUGGGCGAACCCCUCUACACGUAGCUGUGUCGGUUGACCAUGUCGAAAUGGCCGAGUUUUUGUUAAAAAACCAAGCAGACAUUGAUGCAAGGACAGUAGGUGAAUUACAGGCUCCAAUACAUUACGCAGCAAAGAAUGGUUCGGUGAAAUCACUUCAAUUAUUGUUGGGAUAUCAAGCAAAUAUUGACUCACUUGACUACAGAAAUCGAACAUCAUUACAAUUGGCUGGAGAAUGGUCGCGAGACAGAACUGCAAAAGUUUUGAUCGACGAAGGUGCUUCGUCGUGUCUCCUUGACUCUUCCGGGAACUCAGGAUUGUCAGUUUUAAUUGAUCGAUUACCACACCUAUCGUUGGAAGCUCUUAAUCAACUCCACAGAACAGAUGUUAUAACAAGGAAGGAGAUUUAUUACUUAAAUUUCCUCGAGACAUCGCGAAUGAAUAUACAAACGAAAAAAGCUCCAACUCCACUUGAAGCUGCCGUUUUUGGGAGAAGGUUCGAAGUUGUUUCACAUCCAGUCAUGCAGCGCCUCGUCAACCAAAAGUGGAUCAAUUUCGGUCGUAUGGCGACGAUAUGGGACCUAUGCUUUUAUGUCAUAUUCAAUAUACUGUGGACUGUAAUGUCUACACUAACACCAGACGAGGGUAAAAAGUUGUAUAAACCAUUAGACAAAAACAUUUGGCGAAUUUUAUUGCUCGUGGUUAUCUGUAUGAUGAUUGUUUAUCAAAUCGUUCGACAAGUGAGAAUGACUAUAAAGAAGAUGCGAGCACAAAAUUAUUGGAUCAAAUCUCAAACAGAGAAUUUACAAAAGGACUUAAAGUAUUGCCAUCCAAGAUGGCCACAAGAGGAAAAGGCACUAAACAACGAAAUGACGAGAAUUAAUAAAUUAAAGGGAUUUGGUGGAAAUAAUGGAUGGUUUUACUACGACUGGAUAGUCUUGAUUGUAAUGAUUGGAGCGCUUGGUUUGCACUUUGCCUUUUACGAAGUCAGUAGCAACAGUGUAAGAUUUAUUUACACAAGAGUUCUAAGCAUUGCCAAUCUGGUCGUGUCGUUACGUUUAUUGGAAACGGUGAGACCAUUUCCUGGCAUUGGAACUCUUGUCAUUCUUCUUGGUGAAACGAGUGGUGAUUUUAUCAACUGGGCAUUCUUGUUCAUUUUGCUUCUUGUACCGUUUUCAGCAUCUUUCUGGAUUUUUUUCGGCAGUUUAUCAUUGCAACCUGUGGAACACUACGAUGAAGUUAACAGUUUGAUAUACUCGGUGUUUCGAAUGGCGGUCGGAGAUGAUUUCCAUUUGGAAGAUUUGAUUAAAGCGGAACCAGUAAUGGCUCGUAUACUUACUGUAAUGUAUAUUACAGCUAUGACUAUAGUUACCUUAAACUUGUUAAUAGCAUUACUUUCAGACACAUUCACUCGAGUGCAUAGUAAUGCAGUAGCAAACGGAAUUAUGCAGCGAGCCAUAAAAGUUAUAAAUGUAGAGCGAAUUUUGAAUAAAAAAAGAAAGUCAAAGUAUCAUGAGCAUAUCAGAAUGAACUGCAGCCCAGAAAUCACAGAGACUAUGGCCCAGUGUAUCACAUCAGAAGACAUAGCUGACUCAAACCAACUGGUUGACGACAUAGAGACAAUCAAACAGGCACUACAUAAAAGAUUUGCAAAAGUCUAUGGAAGAAAUAAAGUGUCCGAUUUCGAUAAACUUAGAAGCGACAUUAAAAAGAUUAAAGAACUUCAGAGACAGGACAAUGAUAAUCUAAUGGAAAUAAAACGACUUCUGAAACAACUACGAGGUGACAGUUCCGCCAUUUCUCGUAUAUUUACACCAAAUCAAUGGAAAGAGAGAAAGAUCCAAGUACCAACUUUGAAUACGUUGAUAGAAAGAUUGCCAAUAAACGAGAAGAGCACGAAAGACGAAACGAAAAAAACGCGACGAGGCGAUCGACAGCAAAGAAAAGGCAAGAAACAGCAAAGGAAAGGUAAUAAAGGAGACGAUUACGAUAAAGAUGGAAAUGAAAGACAAUCCAAAAAGAAAUCUCGCCACGAAACGGAGAACUCAAAAGAUGAUGUUUCAGACUGGGAUACAGUCAGUAAUAACAGCAUUUCUCUCUAGGGAAAAAACUUUCAAUAAAUAAAUUUUCUGACAGACCUUUCCGAGGAAACAUAUGGUAGUUGUCUGUCAGGCAUGCCCUCAAAGAUUUCAUUUUAAAGAUAAAAAAAAAACAACUUAUAAUUAAUUAUCGCAAACAUUAACGCUUGGUCCGUUCAUGCUUGCAUGGUAAGGAAUAAUUGACGCCAUGUAGCUAUAUGACAGAUUUAAUGGAGUAGGCAGUCCGCGAAUUUACUCCUGCUACUGUAUUCACUCGCUGCAAAAACAAUAUAGAUUGCUGAAGAAAUCGAUGCUUAUAAUGUUCUGAAAUUUACAUAGCAUGCAUGCAGAACCAAAACUUACUUUCACAAGACAAUAUAUUUAAUGAUCAUAUCCUUGAAAUCAUCAUGUAACAAAAUUUGUGAUUAAACUUUAUAACAUGGACUAUAA